AUGUUUGCAAAGUCGCUUCUUUACUCUGAAGUGCCAACUUAUUACACAUGUAGUGCAUCAGCGAACAUGUGUCAACAGUUAGCAAAAAAAAAAAUUAUUAGACCAACGCAUUAGGCCGUCUGUACACUGCUCACCCAAACAAUGCAGAAUGCUUUUACUUGCAAUUAUUGUUCAUCAUUGUACGUUGAAUAAACAACCUCUCUACCGGGUCUCCAAAUAUUUCAUAAGCUCUAACCAUGAUGGAACUUUAUACAUUCAAGUUACUGCAUUACUAUAUACUAGUAACACACAUGAUUGAAGCUACUGGUAUGUAAAAAUAUUAUUUAAGACAAACAUAUACUGUUAUAUUAACACACAUUUUUUAUGUUUAAUUGAUCUAAGUAUUGAGAACAGUUAACUAUCAAGUAUUAGCCACUUAUCGUGAAGUUUGCCAAGAAAUACAACUUUUUUGAAAUCGAUGCACAUUGGGACACUACGCUCUCUGGUGCAUCAAAUAUUGCUCAACAAUAGCAAAUACACACGUUUUAGCAAUUGUAUUGACAACGUGCUUUCCAUCCAUUCCAAAAUAUCUUUGAAUGAAAUACAAAGACAACAUGAAAGAAGACAUUAUACAUCAUUUGCGUGCAACGAAUCAAAAUCUGGUCAUUCAACAUACACCAAACAAGUAUAAUGAGGCAUAUAAUUCGACUGAGGACAUAUGUUUUACAAUCGCUAACAAAUCAUUGGUAGAGUUGGGAAUGACUACUUCAAAUUUAUUUGCAAAAUCAACCUUUUCGAUAGUCAUUUGCAACGAGAAAAACACGUUGAUAUUGACGAAUUGGGUACAUUUGUUCAAAUGAAUCUUCAGCAAUUGUUUCCAGAACAACGCAUGGUUUAUGACAGAACUAUGCAGGCUUAUAUAAGUGAAUAAGGCGGAUUGUAAUUCCUAGAAGAAUCCCGGAGGCACAGAGAAAACUUUGCUAAUUUCACUAAUUGUGGCAAUCAAAUGAUCAAAAGAAAAUAUUGCAAAUGGCAAUAACAUCAUUUGGAAUAAAGGCAAACUUUUUGGAUUGUGGCCGAACAGUGCAUUCAGCACUGAAAUUGUCGCUGAAUAUGCAAAGCACUGAAACACAAACAUGCAAUAUAAAUAAAAAAACGGGAAUGGUUAAAGUACUCUAAUCAUGUCAACUCAUUAUAUGGGACGAAUGUGCAAUGGCGCACAAGUAAGCAUUGGAUGUGUUUCAUCGUGCACUAAAAGAUAUGAGAGGAAAUUAACAGCUCUUUGGCUGCGUAUUUUUUUUUGUUUGGUGUUUUUUGACAAACUCUACCAUUGACACUACGUUUAACGGGUAACGAUAGAAAUUAAAGGCAUGUAUCAAAUCAUCAGUUUUAUGGUGACACGUAAAGAAAUUGACUUUCAAGACCAAUCUGCGUUUACAACUACACCAUGAUGCGUCCGCUGAACGUUUCGCAAAAUAAUUAUUGGACAGUGGGAAUGGAAAAAUGGCAACAGAUGAAUCCAAACGAUGUUUCAUAUUUCCAACAAGCUUGUGUUAAAUCGCAUCAACUUUCGACGAAUUGAUUCACAAAGUUUUCCCUAAUAACGCAAAGAGUAACAAAAAUCAUCAGUGCCUCAAUGCACGUGAUAUAUUAACAGCCAAAAUCAAAGAUGUCAAUGCCAUUCUCUUUAGCAUUCAUAAUGAAAUACUAGGCGAAACAGCAAAGUGUAAUUCCAUCGAUAAUAUUGAAUCAAGACAACGUAGUCAAUUAUCGAACAUAAUUCUUGAAUUCACUAACUUGUCAGGCAUCCUGUCGCAUGUUUUAAUACUGAACAUUAGCGUGUCAAUCAUUCAUCUACGUACCAUAAAUCCACCAUGACUAUCCAACGGUACCAAGCUUUCAGGGAAAAAACUAAUUAACAAUAUCCUC